GGGAGCGAACCCCGCCGGGCUCCCCCCGGGCAGCGGGUGGUGCGGUCCGGGCGGAAGUGAGGUGUCGCGCGCUGCGGCGGUUCCGGUGUGGGAGCGGCCGGGGCUGGGGGGGCUGAGGCGGGGUCGGGCCCGGCCGAGUCCGUGCAGAGUGUAAUGGCAGGAGCCUGACCCCUGCUUUUGGAGCUGCAGCUGGAUUGUUUUUUGGGUGCAAUCCCUGCUGUGGGUGGUUGCAGGCCGAGGCCAUGCUGUGCACGGCGCUGGUGAUGGCCGGGAGCCUGGCGCUCACCACGGCCGUGGUGGCCCACGCCUACUACCUGAAACACCAGUUCUACCCCACCGUGGUGUACCUCACCAAAUCCAGCCCCAGCAUGGCCGUUCUCUACAUCCAGGCCUUCGUGCUGGUGUUCCUGCUGGGCAAGUUCAUGGGCAAGGUUUUCUUCGGGCAGCUGCGCGCGGCCGAGAUGGAGCACCUCCUGGAGCGCUCGUGGUACGCGGUGACCGAGACCUGCCUGGCCUUCACCGUCUUCAGGGACGACUUCAGCCCGCGCUUCGUCGCCCUCUUCACCCUCCUCCUCUUCCUCAAGUGCUUCCACUGGCUGGCCGAGGACCGCGUGGAUUUUAUGGAGAGGAGCCCCAACAUCUCCUGGCUCUUCCACUUCCGAAUCGUCUCCCUGAUGUUCCUGCUGGGAAUCCUGGACUUCCUCUUCGUCAGCCACGCCUACCACAGCAUCCUGACCCGCGGCGCCUCCGUCCAGCUCGUCUUCGGCUUCGAGUACGCCAUCCUGAUGACCAUGGUGCUGACCAUCUUCAUCAAGUACGUGCUGCACUCCAUCGACCUGCAGAACGACAACCCCUGGGACAACAAGGCCGUCUUCAUGCUCUACACCGAGCUCUUCACCGGGCUGAUCAAGGUGCUGCUCUACAUGGCCUUCAUGACCAUCAUGAUCAAGGUGCACACCUUCCCGCUCUUCGCCAUCCGCCCCAUGUACCUGGCCAUGAGGCAGUUCAAGAAGGCCGUGACCGACGCCAUCAUGUCCCGCCGGGCCAUCCGCAACAUGAACACGCUGUAUCCCGACGCCACGGCCGAGGAGCUGCAGGCUGUGGACAACGUGUGCAUCAUCUGCCGCGAGGAGAUGGUGACGGGCGCCAAGCGCCUGCCCUGCAACCACAUCUUCCACACCAGCUGCCUGCGCUCGUGGUUCCAGCGGCAGCAGACGUGCCCCACGUGCCGCAUGGACGUGCUGCGAGCCUCGCUGCCGGCACAGCCGCCCCCGGAGCCACCGGCACCGGCACCGCCCCCGCCGGGGCCACAGCCCCCACACCUUCCCCAGGGAAUUCUCCCUCCCUUCCCUCCGGGAAUGUUCCCGUUCUGGCCGCCCGUGGGGCCCUUCCCACCCGUUCCCGGUGUCCAGGCCCCGGCCGGAACUGACGGCUCGGCCGCGACCGCCGGCACCGCUCCCGGUUCCCGUGCCGGUGCCGCCGGCGCCGCCGGGGCCGGGUCGGAGCCGGGCGCUGCCGGGGCGGUGCCGGGGCUGCCGCUGCCGCCCUGGGUGGGGAUGCCAUGGCCCCCCCUCUUCGGCGUGCCGCCCAUGCCGGUGCCGCCGGCCGGCUUUGCCGGGCUGACGGAGGAGGAGCUGCGGGCCAUGGAGGGCCACGAGCGGCAGCACCUGGAGGCGAGGCUGCAGUGCCUGCACAACAUCCACACGCUGCUGGACGCUGCCAUGCUGCAGAUCAACCAGUACCUGAGCGUGCUGGCCGCACUGGGGACCCCCCGAGCUGCCCCCCGGCCGCCCCCCGCCCGCGAGGCCCCCCCGGAGGAGCCCCCGGCACCGGGACCCUCGGGAGCCACCGGAGCCACCGGAAACACCGGAAACACCGGAGCCACCGGAAACACCGAUCCAGCCCCGCCCGAGGAUGAGGAGGACGCGGCCGAAGGCGCCGAGCCCCGGGAGGGCCCCGACACGGCCGAGCUGCGCCGGCGGCGCCUGCAGAGGCUGGGGACCCCCCCCCACUGACCGGGACCCCCCCGGGACCCCCCCGGACACCCCAGG